AUGUGUCUUGCAUUUCCGCAGAACUUUCCCUCAUUCAGCGCUGUUCGGUUCCUGCUUGCAUUUGCUGAGGGUGCCGUAUCCCCUGCAUUUGUCUUAAUUACCAGUACAUGGUAUGUGAACACCCACUCAGACAUUUGGGUGACUUGUAAUGGUAUUGCAAAGAUUGUCGGCGCACUCAUGACGUAUGGUAUCGGACUCGCCUCUAUGCACAUGGAGAACUGGAGGGUCACGUUUCUAAUCUGUGGAGGUGGCACAAUGCUCUGCGGAGCCAUCUUCUUGUGGCUUAUGCCUGCCGGUCCCUCCUCAGCUUGGUUCUUUACUGAGCAGUUGAGGGCCAUUGUUGAUGCCCGACUGACAGCUGACCACAUCUCCAAAGAUUGCUCGGAGUUCAGCAAGUAUCAGUUACACGAGGCUUUCACGGACUCUAUCAACGCGAGAAUUUGGUGGGCGAUUGGUGUCUGCAUUCCCCCACUAGUUGGGAAUAUCUGCAUUAUGACGCUUCCUUUCAGCGCCAGGUGGGGAGUACUUGGCUUGCGACUAUCAUCUCGCCGUGCAUGUCGAUCAUUCUCAGCAUAUGGCAUCCACCAUCCGGGCAACACCAAGAGAUCGACUGUCCGUAGAAUGUACACCAAAAGAAUAACCGCUGACAUUGUGAGCUUUGUAGUCUUGAUCAUUACGUUGUUUGUUCAUCGCAUGGUCCUGAUGAGGGAAAACAAAGCUCGCGAUGCUGAAGCAGAAAACAUGGACCAGCGCUGUGAAAUAUUAACUCCUACGGACAAAGAAGAUAAUAGCUUUGGAUACUCAUAUUAG